UUGGGGACGUGACAGUAUUAGUAGUGUUUAUGUUCUCUUGAUGGUACUUGUAGGUGUGGAAUGAAAACGUUUUACAAUGCUUUGACUCUGUUCAUUCACUUUUCUGGAAGAGUUAAUAGACAUGCACGUGCAGGUUACUGUAUCAGACAAUAUGCGCGCGCAGCUGAAAAGGUGCUCGUGUCAAGGUGGGAGGAAGGAAAGCAUGCUGAUGGUCAGAAGUGGAAGAGUCUGGAGCAUAAGGGACUACUUUUUCCACCAGAAUAUGAACCUUUACCAAGCGAUGUAUCAUUUGUAUAUGACGGAAAGCCUGUGAAGCUUAGCUUGGCUACUGAGGAGGUAGCAACUUUCUAUGCCAAGAUGCUAGAGCAUGAUUACACAAGCAAGGAGAUUUUUCAAAAUAACUUCUUUACAGAUUGGAAAGAGGUAAUGACAGUGGAUGAAAAGAAGCUGAUCAAGAAGCUUUCCAAGUGUGACUUCACCAACAUCCAUAAAUACUUUGAGGAAAAAUCAUUGGAAAAGAAGAACAUGACCAAAGGAGAAAAGCAGGUUUUAAAGGAUGAAGCCAAUAGGCUUACUGAGGAAUAUGGUUUUUGUCUGCUGGAUGGACAUAAAGAAAAAAUAGGUAACUUCCGCGUGGAGCCCCCAGGGUUGUUUAGAGGACGAGGUGAGCAUCCCAAAAUGGGCAAACUGAAAAAACGUGUCCAGCCUGAGGAUGUAAUAAUUAACUGCAGCACAGAUGCAAAGAUCCCAGAGCCACCGGCAGGUCACCAGUGGAAGAGAGUACAACAUGAUAACACAGUCACCUGGUUGGCUUCCUGGGUGGAAAACAUCCAUGGACACAUCAAGUACAUCAUGCUUAACCCCAGCUCCAAACUUAAGGGUGAGAAGGACUGGGAGAAGUAUGAAACUGCUCGUAAACUGAAAGAGAGAGUGGAUGCGAUCAGAAGUGAAUACCAAAGGGCCUGGACUUCUCGUGAGAUGAAACAAAGACAGCGAGGAGUGGCUUUGUACUUCAUUGAUAAGCUAGCUUUAAGAGCUGGCAAUGAGAAGGAUGAUGACACUGCCGACACAGUGGGCUGCUGCUCUCUUCGUGUAGAGCACAUAACCCUUCACCGGGAGCUGGAUAGUCAGGAAUAUGUGGUGGAGUUUGACUUUCUGGGCAAAGACUCAAUCCGCUACUACAACAAAGUGCCUGUAGAGAAACAAGUUUUUAAAAACCUGAAGCUUUUCUUGGAAUCCAAGGAUCCAGAAGAUGAUCUUUUUGACAGAAUCUGUACUACCUACCUCAAUAAAAAACUGAAUGAAGCGAUGCCAGGACUGACGGCCAAAGUGUUUCGAACUUUUAAUGCUUCCACCACUCUGCAGGAGCAGCUGAAAAACCUCACGUCUGAUGAUAUGACACCAGAGGAAAAGAUCCUGGCUUAUAAUCGUGCAAAUCGAGCUGUGGCUAUACUCUGCAACCACCAGAGGGCAGCGCCCAAAACGUUUGAGAAGUCAAUGCUGGCUCUACAGGAGAAGAUCAAAAAGAAAAAGGAGGAAGUGGACAAUGCCAAAAAGGAACUGAAACAAGCCAAAAAAUCACACAAAGAUCUUCCUACGGCAAAGUCAAUGAAGCUGUUGGAGAAGAAAGAAAAAACUUUGAAGAGGCUGACAGGGCAGCUAAAGAAUCUCAAGCUAAAGGAAACUGACCGAGAGGAGAACAAGGUCAUUGCUCUGGGCACCUCCAAGCUUAACUACCUCGACCCCCGCAUCACUGUGGCCUGGUGUAAAAAACACAGCAUUCCUGUAGAGAAGAUUUACAACAAGACCCAAAGAGACAAGUUUGCCUGGGCUAUCGACAUGGCUGAUGAAAACUUCCAGUUCUAAAAGAUGCUUUUUUCCACCCUCCUUUCAUUUUUAUGUAAUGUUUGACUUGGUUAAAGAAAAAAAUUAAUAUGUAUCUUGUGUUGGAUUUAUUUGUGAAUAUAAAGCUGC